CUCCGCGGAUCAAUGAUGCAGCUGCUGUGAGAAGACGUGGAAGCUCCAGCCAAACACGUCAGCCAGCGUUCUCGUCAAGGUCUUUAUGAGCAGAUGGAUGCUCGCGAAAGUCAGUCGGCCACUUGAUCCUCCAACCUCUUCACCAACAAGACUCUAAAGUAGUGGCGUGGACAGCACAGCUGCCUCAGCGCACGAAACCAAAGCCAGGCUUUCCUUCCAAGUCGCUACCCCUACCUCCAGUCCUGUGUCUCACAGCGCCUUUUUCACCCAUACCAGAACCUGAACGCGAGCCUGAAUUCAAAAUGGCAGACGCUGCGAAAGACCUCACGGGCACUGACGGCAACGCAACCGGCGGCCGCGGCCUUCCCGACGUGGGCGAAACCAUGGGCUCUGUAACCAACCCCGGUGGCAAGAAGGGCAAAAAUGGAAAAGGCAAGGGCAAUACCGACGAGGAAGACGACGACGUGGGCUUUGGUCUUGAGAACGGCAAGGAUGUCAAGGGAAGCCUGAAGAUACACAUCAAGCUGGACUUGGAGGCUGACAUUCGGAUUAUCGCGAGGGUCAAGGGCGACAUUGCGAUUGGGAUCCUGUAGGCUGUUCAGCUAAUAAUGUUUCCAUGUUUUCUUUUUGCUGGUUUGUGGCUGCGUUGCCUCGGAGAGUUUCGAGCGUGCCAAGCUGGGACAUGGAGGAGGCUUGAAUGAAUACGAA